AUGGCGGACAAGCCGAUUGUGCCCGACCCGGAUUUGCAUUUGGCGGCCGAGCCAUACACUCAUGACGACGGGCAGUCUGUUCCUUCAGAUGAGCAGCAAUUUGAGGCCUACGAAGCGGGGCACAUCACCGCUGUACUUAGGGAGUCUGACCGGCCGAAUCCGUUAUUCAGGGCCCACGUCGGCCCUGACCCACAACAUAUUCUCGACGUUGGAACUGGAAAGGGUUCGUGGGCAAUUGAUGUCGCCGACAUGUUUCCAAGUGCAACCGUCCGCGGCGUUGAUCUUUUCCCACCCCCGUCUCUUGGAAGCAUCCGCCCGGGCGGAUGGGUAGAACAACUCGAAAUGUCUCCAGAUUUCCUGUCUGACGAUGGAUGUCUUCCUCCGGAUAGCCUUGCUGCCAAUUUGGGCAAAACUUGUGUCCGCGCUGCCGCGAAGUCUGGCCGACCCAUGGAUCUAUACUACCGAUGCACAGAGCUGAUAGAAAAAGCCGGGUUUACAGACAUUCAUGUCCAUGAAUGUAAGUGGCCACUUGGUCCUUGGGCGCGGGACAAGCAGCUCAAGGAGGUUGGAACUGUGAAUUUUGCGCAAUGGGCAGCAGGCAUGGAGGGAUAUGCUAUGCAUCUUCUUACGAAAUAUGGAGAACCAAAGCCAUGGUCGAAGGAAGAGGUUAUGGUCUACGUUGCGAAAGUCAAGAAUGAGAAACGAGUGUGGGCUCGGAAACCCCUUUCCAACUCCAAAGAGAGCCCCGCGACUACAGCUAUCAAAAAAGAAAACAAGGAUUAG